GAAUACAAAUGAGGUGGUACGUUAUUUCCUAUUAUUGCUAUUAAAUGGACUUUUACUCGCAGGCACCUCCAACCUUACAACCCCCAUUUUCUUGGUGCCCGGGUCUCUGCAGGGCCGCUUUUAAAUCCACUUCUCAUUCAUUUCGCUAUCUUUAACUUUGUCUUGAAAUACACAACGAAUACACCAAAAUGACGCUGAAUUCAAAGGCUUCAACUUUCAAAUCCCAGUACAUCACUCCUGAACUGGCUCAUCUGUUCAGCCAAUCAGACAGCGAGGAGGAGUUUGAAGGUUUCAGCGAGGAUGAAGCAGAAGAAGACAGAAGAUGUUUGCAAAAACAGCAAAACGCCAAGGUUGUUAGCUCAGAGGACGACAGCGACAAAGACACAGGCUUCUACUCGGAUGGCGAGGAGCCAGCUGAGCCAAAGAGGAGGAGUCUGUUAGUCGCACUAAGGUUUCCAGGCAAAAAAGGACCUGCCCCUAAACAAGAGUCGAAAAAGAACAGGGUUAAAAAACCAGUCCGAGAGAUUAGAAUGUCUCCAAGAGGCAGAGGAAGAGAAAAGGUGAAACAGGAUCAUAAGGAGGACACGGAGGAAGAGGAGGAGAAGGAGGAGGAAGAGGUGGGACUGAAGGACAAAAAGGAGGUCCUCCCCCACUGUCUAAUGAAGCGUGAUCGCAACAUCCAGGAAAACAAAGCAAUGCUCGCUAAGCUGUUUGCUGAUCUCAGCUCUCUGGCUGACCUGACUCCACCAAACACACCUGAGAAGAGGAAGCGAGUAUCCCAGAAGGUAGCGCAGAAGCGUAAGCUUAGGUCUGAAGCAGGGUCAGAAAGAAGGAACCCGUCCCGUAAAGCUCGUCCUCCAGAGAACUUUGCAGUGGAGGAAAAGUAUGAGCCAACUAAAAUCACAAGUCCCAGGACUGUUGACAUCAGGAGACUGUUGGAGGUGGAUGAGGAGAAUGUUGAUGGGGGGAAGAAGAGGAGGAGAAGCCACAGCUCCAGGAGGAGUCAGUACAUUGUGAAAUCCGUGGAUGAUAUCACAGAGGAGGACCUGGAAAACAUAGCUUACCGCAGCAAGGACAAGAUCUGGGAUAAAGAGAAUGGCAGCUCGUGUCACCAGUGCCGACAGAAGACUCUGGACACCAAGACAGUGUGCCGUAGUGGUCACUGUGUGGGGGUCAAAGGUCAGUUCUGUGGACCAUGUCUAAAGAAUCGCUACGGAGAGGAUGUUCGCAGUGUGCUGCUGGACCCGACGUGGUCAUGUCCCAUCUGCAGGGGGAUGUGCAACUGCAGCCUGUGUCGUAAGAAGGAGGGCCGCUGUGCCACAGGGAUCCUAGUGGGCCUUGCACGCUACAACGGCCACGACAACGUCCACGAGUAUUUGGAGAGCAUCCAGAAGGAGCUGCAGUGAAGUCCAGAUGAUUACAGCUUCUGGUUGCUGCUCAGUACUGUAAAGGCUUUUUGAUGCACAUUUCUGAACAAAACAACUCGCCUUUUACCUAGUUUGAGAAAACAGCAUUGUUAAAGUUGCCUUAAAGGUGUUUUAUACCGUUACUACUUUGUAUAUGUAGAUCGGGGCUUUUGUUGCAUGUAAUGCAGAACUGUUUUUGUACUUUAGUCCAGUUUUUGUUUUUUGAUGAAGUUUUAUAAAUCUGAUUGAUUUAAAUGUUUUUUUUUGUAUUAGAAACCAAAGUUCUGAUUCAAAUUAUACUCUUGAAAACUUUUAAGUGUUCUUGCCAGUCUACUGUACGUUUG